AUGGAUGGAUGGAGGGAUGGAUGGAUGGAUGGAUGGAUGGAUGGAUGGAUGGAUGGAUGGAUGAGUGAGGGACAGAGGACAGAACGAUGGCUGGGGAACGGCUGGCUGGCUGGCUGGUGGUGCAGGGAGGUGGGGCUGGGUGCGGGCGCUGGGCUGCCCUGAUGGCCGUGGGCAGGACUUCCUGUCGGACAUGGCCAUGACGGAGGUGGAUCGCUUCAUGGACCGGGAGCACCUGAUCUUCCGGGAAAACACCCUCGCCACGAAAGCCAUAGAGGAGUACCUGAAACUCAUCGGCCAGAAAUACCUCAAGGAUGCCAUCGGCGAGUUCAUCCGGGCCCUGUACGAGUCGGAGGAGAACUGCGAGGUGGAUCCCAUGAAGUGCUCGGCCUCCACCCUGGCCGACCACCAGGCCAACCUCCGCAUGUGCUGCGAGCUCGCCCUCUGCAAGGUGGUCAACUCGCACUGCGUGUUCCCCCGGGAGCUGAAGGAGGUCUUCGCCUCGUGGCGGCUGCGCUGCGCCGAGCGGGGCCGCGAGGACAUCGCCGACCGCCUGAUCAGCGCCUCGCUCUUCCUGCGCUUCCUCUGCCCCGCCGUCAUGUCCCCCAGCCUCUUCGGCCUCAUGCAGGAGUACCCCGACGAGCAGACGGCGCGCACCCUCACCCUCAUCGCCAAGGUCAUCCAGAACCUGGCCAACUUCACCAAGUGAGCGCGGCGCCGGGGGGACG